AUGAUUGGUAGCAAAACAGGCAAGAUAAUCAGUUAUGAUGUUAGAAACAAGAGCUGCCGUAUUUGUGAAAAUGCUGCAUUGUCCAAAGAACCACCAAGGCAACAUGACUGCAGGAAAAACUGGGAUGGUAGUGCUAAAGGGAUGGAAUGUGACAUGGCUGUUAGCAUGCUAAAAGACCUUGAAGCCAAAAACAUAAGUAUAGAGACAAUUGUAAUGGAUGAUGACACAACUACAAUAGCAAGAGCGAGGAAAGGAGUGAAGGCGAGACUAAAGAAGAAAAGCGAUGCUGAUCAUGCCCAAAAACAUUUCACCAACAAAUUAUAUGGUCUACAAAUAGCCAAGAAGUAA